AUGGAUACACAAGUUGAAAGCGCGGUGGAUAUUGCGUCCAGCCCUACUACCAGUCAGGAGCUCAAAGGACAGGCUAUGGAAUUUCUGCAGAACGUCAAGGUUUCUCCAGAAGGAUGGCAGAUUUGUUUACCCCUUUUUGUCAGGGAUCAGAGAGCCAACGAAAUCGUGCGCAUGUUCUGCCUGGAUGUUUUAAACACAGCAAUCCAACAGCGUUACCAAACUCCACAGGAUCAAUCCCUCACAUACAUCAAGAAUGCACUCGUGGAGUAUAUGAGGCGGACAUACCUAUCAAGCUCAAACAUUUCUGAUUCGGGCAUGAUGCAAAACAAACUCACUCAGACUAUGACUUAUCUUUUCGUCGCAAUGUACACAACGUCAUGGCCAACCUUCUUCGACGAUAUACUAGCUUUAACUUCGACAUCCAGCGGUCAGCAUGAUAACUAUCAGGGUGUCAUGUUUUUUCUGCGAAUGACGGCUAGCGUGCAUGAAGAGGUUGCCGACGUUCUCAUCCCGCGGUCGGCGGAAGAAAUGCAAAGAAAUAGCGCAAUAAAAGAUGCUGCUCGUGAGCGAGAUGUGAAGAAGCUAGUGGCUUCUUGGCAGGAAAUCUUGGGGCAAUGGAGAGGAGCAAAUGAGGAUGUAGUUCUGCUAUGCUUGAGGGUAAUCGGUCGAUGGGUCAGCUGGAUCGAUAUCUCUUUGGUCGUCAACGACGUCUUGUUAGGUUUACUUUUCUACUUCUUGUCAGCCGAAGGAAAGCCUAGGAAUGGAGCUAUCGAGACACUGGCUGAGAUUGUGGGUAAGAAGAUGAAAGGUCCGGAUAAGCUUGAAUUGAUCGCAUUUUUGAAGCUGGGAGAAAUUGUUGGGUCUUUGGUGGCUUCUUCUGCUCUGCAGGCUCAAGGGCAAGAUGAUUAUGAUUAUGACCUUGCGGAGAACGUGGCAAAGUUGGUAAACGGUAUUGGAAUGGAUCUAAUCAGGAUCCUGGAUACUGAUGGCAUGGAUCCCCAUUCAAAACAACGUGCAGAAGAAUAUUUGCAGGCUUUCGUUCCGUUCCUCCUCCGAUUCUUUUCCGACGAGUACGACGAAGUAUCAACAGCAGUAUUUCAAUUCAUGUUCGAUCUCCUUACUCUGCUACGAAAAGAGAAAAAGACAUCCAAUUCAAUUUCCCAAUCUCAUGCUCAAAUGCUACCACCAAUCCUCAGCUCAAUUGUGAUGAAGAUGAAAUAUGAUGUGGACACAAAUUGGGGGGAUGGGGAUGAGCGAACGGAUGAGGCUGAGUUCCAAGAGCUCCGGAAGAAACUGAAGACUCUUCAAGAUACUGUUGCCAGUAUUGAUGAAAGUCUUUACAUCCAAUCUUUGUCGACGCUUGUGGGUAAUACCUUUGAAAGGGUAGCACAAGGGGGACAUAGUGCGAUUGAUUGGCGAGAAGUAGAAACUGCACUGUAUGAGAUGUUCAUAUUUGGAGAACUUGCAAUGAGGAAUGGCGGGCUGUAUAUCAAAGGACAACCAAAUGGAGUUGCUGCCGAAACUCUGAUUGGCAUGAUGUUUAAAAUGAUGAAUUCUAAUAUUGCUAGCUCAUCCCAUCCAGCUGUUAAGCUAAGGUAUAUGGAAAUCAUCAACCGGUAUUCCCCUUUCUUUGAAUCCAAUACCAACCUCAUUGCGCAAGCUCUUGAAGAUUUCGUCAAAGGGGUCCACGACAAUCAUCCCCGGGUGCGAAAACGUUCUUGGUAUCUUUUCCAGCGUUUUGUCAAAUCUCUCCGACAACACAUAGGUGAAGUUUCGGAGACGAUUAUUCAAGCGAUCAGUGAUCUUCUUGUGAUAAAUGCAGAGCUACCCAGUGAUAAUGGAGAUGAUGACAUGUCUUCGGAUGAAAACCAAGGAGAAGACUCGGCAUUUGAGUCACAAUUGUACCUUUUUGACGCAGUUGGAUGUCUGUCUUCCAUAAAAUCGAUUCCUGAACAGAAGCAGGUCAUGCUUGCUCAAACAAUCAUGAAUCCCAUAUUUAUAGACAUGGAGAAGAUUCUUGGUGUGGCAAAGGGUGGAGAUCCACGAGCGGUACUACAAAUUCACCACGAUAUCAUGGCCCUUGGUACAUUGGCAAGAGGUUUCUCCGAUUGGGCACCUAACACAUCUGCAACCACCCCUCCUGGCGGACCUGUUUCCGAUGAGUUUAAGAAUGCCGCAGAGGCCAUAUUGGUGUCAUUGGAAGCUCUUAAUAGGUUUCCUAAUGUCAGGGAGGCAGCUAGACAUUCUUUUUCAAGAAUGGUGGGUGUUCUGGGUCAGAAGAUCUUGCCAAUGUUGCCAAGGUGGAUUGAAGGGUUAUUAGCAGAAAACUCAACAAAGGAGGAGAUGGUGACAUUCUUGAGGCUGUUGGAGCAGGUGGUGCAUGGAUUCAAGACGGAUAUAUUCAAUAUCCUUGAUUCCUUGAUGACACCGCUCCUUGGUAGGAUAUUUUCUGCCUUGGGCGAAGAAACCACCGGAACGGACGACGCCCUAGAAUUGACGGAGUUGAAAAAAGAAUACCUUGGAUUUUUAAUGUGCAUUCUCAACAACGAUCUUGGACAUGUACUCAUAACUCAAUCCAACCAGGAAAUUUUCAAUCAAAGUCUUAAUGUCAUAGAACACUUUGCCAAGGAUAUAUCAGAUCCUGCAACUGCAAAGGUCGCCUUCUUGCUUAUGUCCAAAAUGUCAGCCGUUUAUGGACCAUCAACUGCUGGAAAACCGCAGCAGCAGCAGCAGCAGCAGCAGCAGCCGAAUAGUGUUGCUAAUAACCCACCAGAGAGACCUCUCGAAGGCUUUGAGUCAGUCAUGAUCGAAAACUUCUCGUUACUAUGCUUCCAAGUGCCUUCAACAACCGGGUUCAACCCAAAGGACGCGCAAGCUAAAAUGGUGCUGGGCGAGAUCGCUGGGCUCCAGAAGAUGCUCUAUUACAAAUUAGGAGAAAAUUAUGUCCAUUAUCUUAGGACCAUCUAUUUCCCUUCGUUUGGCUUCGCCUUGGCGGACGAAUAUUUGACUGCGUUGGUGCAAUUUGACCAAAAGAAUUUUAGAAGCUAUUAUCAGAAUUUUGCGGUGCAAGUUAGUGGCGGCUAG